GACAGCCAGGCUUCGCCGGCCAAGAGCAGUUUGCGCCGACUGAAGACCAAGGCACCCCCCACGAAGGACUACAUCGCCCACACGAACUGGAGCGAUGAGGAACGAAAGGAGCGAAAUCAAUUGCUAAGCAAGCACUUUCGCUCGCUACCAGACGCACCGAGAACUCCCAGGUCUGCUUGGCUCGUCUUCUGCUCGGAGUUUUUUGUCAAGAAGGGUUCAUCCUCGGCUGCUGUUUUAGUUGAAGCUGGAAAGGCUUGGCAAUCGCUCGGCAAGGCUGAGAGACUGCCGUACGACACAGCUGCGCAGACAGAGAAGGAGCAGGCCAAGCACGAGACCGAGAAGUUCAAGUCUUCCGACGGCUACCGAGCACUUGGUGAGGAGAUUGACCAGUUUGUUCUCGUGAACCGGGCGAGGAAGCAGGUGAAGAAGACGGCUUUGGGGUUCAAGGAGUGGAAGGUGCAUCAGAGCAAGCUGUCCAAGCUCGGUGCUGGCGUUCAAGACGCGAAAGAAAACGCGAAGGAGGCAAAGGCCAUUGCCAACUGCGUGAAUAGGAUCGCCCUGAAACUCGCCGCAGCCGCACGCAAGACAUCACCGGAGGCUGCCUUGCCUGUGCCACCCAAGUCCGCUUGGGGCCUCUUCACAGCGGAGAGGAUGCCAGCUCUGUGCCAAAAAGCGAAGGAGGAAGAUGCGACAAAGAAGCUCAACGUGACAGUGAUGAUGAAGACAGUCGUCGCUGAAUGGGCGGCUCUUCCAGAGGAUCAGAAAGCUCCGUACAUCUCGAAGGGCCGCGAGGAUACGGAGCGCUACACCAAAGAGAUCAGUGAGUUCAAGGCUUCCGCUGCCUAUGCCAGCUUCGUGGAGAAAGCGCGGAAGCUGUACGAGGAUAGCCAAGCCGGGCAGGAACCCGGGGCUCCGCCGAAGCCGAUCGCGCAGAUCAUCAAGGAAGCCGAGGAGAAGGCCAAGAACGCUUCAAAGCUUGAGAAGAAGCGAGAGGCCAUUCAGAUGCGGCUCAUUGGGUGCCUUGCAGGAAAGGCGGACGGCCCUCCCAAGGUCCCACAAACGGCCUUUACGCUCUUCUCCGCGGCGAACCGAGAGCAGGCGAUGAAGGAGCUGAGUGGCGGAAGCGACAAGGGCGAGGACAAAGCAGAUGCUGACGAGGAGAAGGAAGAUGAAGUCGAAGAGGAGCCUGAGGACGAGGAGGAAGAUGAGGAAGAUGAGGACGAGAAGCCAAAGAAGAAGAAAGGCAAGAAGGCAGCGUCGGGCAAAGGAGGCAAAGCUGCUAUGGAGCUGCAGACGAAGGUUUUGAAGUUGCUGGCGACGAAGUGGAACGAGGCAUCUGAGGAGGAGAAGGCCAAGUACAAGCAGCAAGAGCUGGACAACAGGAAGAAGUAUGCUGAGGAGCUCGCUGCAUUCAAGACGAGUGAGGCCUUCCAGGCUUUCGCCAUGGAGGUGGACGAGUGGUCAAAGACCGAGGAAGCUCAGAACACGAAGAAGCCGCGAAAGAGCUUCAAGACUUGGAAGCUGAAGAAGACUCAGAGCAAGAGGGCAGCGGACAAGCUGGCAGACAGGGAGCGCAAGAAGGCGGAGAUGGCCGCUGCCAGGGAAAGAGCAAAGUUCGAGAAGGCCGCCGGCAAGAAGAAGGGCAAGGUUGCAAAGCCGGGGGCCCCGGCAGAGCCAGAGCCGCCUUUGGUGGAGAUCCCGCCGCCGCUGGAGAAGGAUCCCUUUUGGGACGAGUGCUUCUCUGGCGCCGAGGCUUUCCUCGAUUCCCUCGACAUCGAUGUCGUCGUUGGCGACCGUAUCGCAUGGGCAGCGGCACAGAAAGGAGGUGCGGCUGGCAUGGACUUGCUACGCAAGCUUCAGCGGCUUCCUUUCAAG